AUGGCAGACGUGCAGGAGCGUAUUGCUGUGGUGGCCCGACUCCGGCCCGCUGCGUCAUGUGCCCUCGUGAGACACACGUCAACGGAGGUGGUGGUCCAAGUGCCACGAGGAAGCGACACUGUCAACAACCAGGUGGAGGAGUACAGCUUCAGCUUUGCCAAAGUUUUUGGCACAGAAGCCACUCAGAGGGAGGUCUUCGAUUUUGUGGCGAAGGACUUGGUGCGUGGAGCACUCGACGGAAUCAACUGCUCGAUUUUCGCCUACGGACAGACGGGCAGCGGCAAGACACACACCAUUUGCGGGGAUCACCAAGCCCGGGGCAUCAUUCCGCGCGCCUUGAACUGCCUCUUCAAUGCCAUUGAGGGACGCCACGAUGGCGUGGACUAUUCCGUCUCCUUAUCCUUCAUUGAGGUCUACAAGGAAGUUGGCUAUGACUUGCUGUCCAAGGACCCAAGCCCCGGAGGCCUGGCCCACGGUGAGCGUCUCUUUGCAGAGUGGUGA